UGUUUCUUAAGCUAUCGUAGUGGAAAGAUGUAUAAAUUUCUGAUUAAAACUUCAUCACCGAGGCCUCCCUUACUUCCGAAAACAGACAAUCCGGUAUUUCAAAGUGCAAAUACAGAAGUUGAAAAUAUCUUGUUGUCACACAGUAAAGUCCGACAGAAACCCGGCAUGGAUGGUAAAGGCAAAUGCAACAAAUGUGAAAUAGAAGGCCAAUGGUUAGAAGAUUAUAACAAGGGUCUGAUGUAUAACGAAAGAUCAAGACCUAAAUACCUGCCUCCACCACCAAUGGGAAUACGGGUUUUUGAUAGAUACAGAUUGAGAACAUAUCCAAAUCCUUAUGAAAGACGACCUCUGCCACCUGCAAGAGUUCCAAAGCAUUCAUUUAUGAGAGAAAGAGUACCACACGUAAGACCCCCUCCAGAGUACUAUUAUGGAGCACCACUUAUACAUGAUAUGAAUCCAUGCUAUGACAAUUACUUUGAAAAAAGAGAGUACAUGUAUCCUAUCCCACCAACACCGAUGUAGCUACCUUGAAGUUGGAUUCUGACUCCAUAUUGAAUGUCGUAGCGGGAGAUAAUGCGCGAAGAUAUGUGAUAGGAGAAAAACUUGAUAGCGGAUAAUAGUUUACAUGUACGUAUGAAUGAAAAUGAAAAAUGGAUUAAAAGUCGCAAUUAUUGUAAUAUAUCGCCUUUCGUGACAUUAAUUUAAAUGCAAUUAUCUUGUUAUCAGAACUUGUAAACAUCUUUAAAAUGAAGUGUACAUAGGAGUCAUUGAUUACAUUUUUGUGAUUUCAUAUUGUCGCUAUGUAUCAUCAGAAUAAAUUUGUCUCGA